AUGCAUGCAACCACCAUGUAUACUGGCCGAAGCACGCAACUUCACAGCGCUAACAGCCGAAAGAAUGCCAACACCAGUGCAACUCAUACCGCAGAUGCGACCCCAUCAACAACCCCUCUCAUCCCAAUCCACGAGUCUGGCGGUCGAGCGAAACGCCGAACACCUGACGGGCCGACCUCACCUCAUCCCAGAACAGCGAAGCGAACAUGUAGACGGCCGAACAAACCUAACCUCCGCCUCUUCACCCGCGACUUCAAAUUUGCCCUCUCGCUGGCCCCGAGCACUCACGAGCGGACGGCUCCCGGCCCACCUGCAGACGACGCCACCACCGCCGCGCUGGGCCAGUGCGUCGACCUGGCCCUGAGGCUGCUGGAAGAAGGGAGGGGCAAUAGGGUGCUGGUCGCCAUGGGGAAACAGAUUGUGGCCGAGCGGAGGGCCGCGGCCGCUCGGGCUGGCAGUGGUGAGGCAGCUGCCGGGAUAUACAAGGGUGAUCUCGAUGAAAUGCCCAUGUGGGUUGAAAGAUUCCUACGGCAGGUCCGGGAAUCGGGGAUCCCCAUUGUUGUUUGUGGCAGCCUGUCUGGUUACGGGCUGACGCAGAGGUGGAGUUGGGGGGAUGAUAUGGAGGACUACGACUGCAGAAACAGCGCGAUUGUGUAUAUACACCAAUAUCUGGUAGAUGGCCUGCUUGAAUCAGAGCAUCGUGUCGAGCAAUACAUCAGAGAACAGGAGAUUCUCAACGCCGAAAUCCAGCAAGGCACCAGAAAAGUAAACGAAUGUACACGAAAGAGACUACACCAAUUAAUAGAGUCCCAAGCCCAAGCCCAAGUAAAUCUCGAGCGAGCAGUACUCAGCAUAGCAAUAUUCCUAGCCCAUGAGUUCGUCCACUGCUUCACAGGCUUCCUCACAGGCAGUUCCCAGCCCGGGACCCCUCCCGCGCUGAAUGCCUCUCCAUACAGUGACGAAAAGAACGGCGAGGCCGGAUGGUACUGGACGCGGCAUACCUUCGGCGGGCUGGGCCACGUCUGGUGCGGGAAAGACGAGCCCGACGAGCCGGGCCAUUUCGGUGUGCCGACGCUCCUGCAGUAUAAUAGGAGACGCAGCCAGUCGUUCUUUUACCAGAUUAAUCACGAGGUGGUCAGGUCUAUCAUCGGGGUGGAUUGGGCUGCGGCUAACAGCCUCGAUCAGGAUUGGUUCUUGAAUCUGCGGGACGAGGCCACGAGAACGCCAUUCCGAGAGUGGUGUGCCGAGUACGAGGAGGUUGUGGCUCGCAAUAUUUCAACAGAUGACGACUUGCUGUUUGAAAUUAAGUUUGGCGUCCGUCUUGCUGUGAAAUCGAUACGUGAACUUCUUGAAUUCCGGUGCAAUUUCAAAGUCGACCUGCAGAUGUGCCCUUACAGCGAUGCACGCUUCCAUAUGAAGAAAGAGACUUCGCAGCCGUGCGUCGUCUAG